AUGGACGGCGACCCGGCGGUCGAGCCGCAGCUCGACUCUUUCAGCCUCACUUUUCCCCUUCCUUACCGCGUCGCAUUUAUCGUGGUUCUUGCCGUCUGGGGAUGGGGCAUCAACCUGCACUACCUCCAUGACCGCAAGAUCGACGUGCCCUCGCUCAUCCGCUACCCAUCACGACCGUCCGCCUCGCAUCCACCCCACCACCUCUCCACGUACCGUCUCGCAGCCGUCCUGUCCGCGACGUUCGCCCUCUCGAUCGUCACCUUCUGGCUCUUCUCCCACCGCAACCCGGCCCUGGUUGUCUACUACGACUGGAUGCCCAUGACCUACCUCGUCGUCCUCGCCAUCCUCUUCGCCCUCCCCCUGCGCUCCUUCUCCCUCAGCCACAGCGGCCGCAGCCGCCUCCUCGCAACCCUCAGGCGCGUCAGCAUUGGUGGGCUUGCGCAGGCCGCCGACGGCAAGUUCGGCGACAUCCUCCUGGCUGAUGUGCUCACGUCGUACGCCAAGGUCAUGGGCGACCUGUUUGUGUGCAUCUGCAUGAUGUUCUUUCACGGCGCCACCGGCAGCGCGACCGACCGACCGGACAGGAACUGCGGCGGCCGUGUGCUGGUGCCUCUGAUCAUGGCCACGCCGUACCUGAUCCGCCUCCGCCAGUGCCUCAUCGAGUACGUCCGCGUGCGCCGCGCCCCCUACAAGGAGAGCGUCGGCUGGGGCGGGCAGCACCUGGCCAACGCGACCAAGUACGCGACCUCGUUCCCCGUCAUCAUCUUCAGCGCCCUGCAGAGGAACCUGCCCGACACGCCCGCCUACGAUGCCCGCCGGACGGGGCUGUACCGCGCGUGGGUCGCCGCGUGCCUGGUGAACAGCCUGUACAGCUUCUACUGGGACGUCGCCAAGGACUGGGACCUGACGCUGUUCUCGGGCGCCAGGGAGCGCAACGCGCCGGACCACGCCGUUGGGCUGCGGAGGAGGCUGCUGGUCGGCAACGGGCCCCCGACCUACUACAUGAUCAUCGCCAUGGACCUCAUGCUGCGCUGCACGUGGUCGCUGAAGCUCAGCCCGCACCUGGACCACAUCUCCGACUUUGAGGCCUCCAUCUUCAUCAUUGAGUUCCUCGAGGUGUUCCGGCGCUGGGUCUGGAUCUUCCUGCGUGUCGAGACCGAGUGGCUGAGGAACACGCACACGGGGCUAGAGGUGGAUGAUAUCCUGUUGGGCGACUACCAGGGGAAAUACAUGGGCCGGAACUUUGGGUGA